UGCGUUUUCCCGUGAUGUGAUUUCGAUGUGUUCGUUCCACGUGUCCGAGCUGCUUCUUCGUUUCAAAUACAUUUGGCGCCGCUGCCUAUUGUUUGAGCCUGUGCUCACGAUGAAAACACGCAUCGCAGAAACCUGAAAGCCCGCCAAAAGAGCUCUAAAAACCGCAUCCCAGACCUGCCGGCAGACUUCCGAGCUAAGCCUGAUUAAACAAAAACGUUUGAUCCGGCGGAAUAAUGUGUUUGAUAUUACAUCCCAUGUCAACAAGGAACUGCGCUGUCUGUCUUCGCCCCCAACAGGUUUUAUUCUUCCGGGUUUUUCAAAUCUUUACCAACCCGCGUCCGAUCGUAAUACCCCGAUCACAACAAAUAGUUGAUCGUGCUCCGAUGGCUCCAAACAUCAGCCGGCAAGGAAGUUACGUUUUUCGCUUCUAUAUUUUGACCCAAGUGAUGGCUGGUCGUGGUUCAUCAGCGUUUGUUUUGAAACUGAUGGGUACCACAAGGCAUGAAGGAGGUGACUUGCAGCAGCAAGGCACUGCAAGCCUUCGCAGCAACUGGCUAGCCAGUGCUGCUCUGUUCUGAACUGCACUGCGUGUCAUGCGGAGGUUUUGUGCAAGCUCUCUGGGCGGCGACGCUAGCCACGAUUGGCUUCGUGGAUGCACAGAAAUACUCAAGGCGCUUGACGUCUGUGGCUCAUCUGUAUUGUUUUUCCCGGUACCACGGCAUGAAGGAGCUGGCCUCCCUCCCUUCCAUCAGCUGCGAGAUACUACAAGCACUGGGCUACAGCUGCAGCUAGCCCAUGGGUACCGUUCUGCGUCCUGUACUGCAUCUAGUUCGAAAGGCCAUGUGAAAGGCAGCGGCACAGCGUUUACAAACCGGACUUUGCCCUUCACCGAGGGGAAAGUCUACCGACUGGCCCUACAGUUGGUACCGGGGACCAUGACAUCAGUGAGCUGGCUUUCACCUUGUCCAAGGCAGCAGCGGAACACUACGGGCGGGACCCUGGAUCACUGCACCAUGGAUGCCGUCCUGUACCCUGCACGGCACUGCGUGUGGCUUAAGUGGCCAAGCAGAGGGUCAUUGCAUGACUUUUAUGAGGCGCCGCUAGCCAUUGUUUCAAACCACCCUGAAUCGUGGAUCAAGCCUUGCAAGAUGGAAGUUCUCUUUAGGCCCAGCGCCUCUUGAUGGAUCAAGUCUUGUACCCCAUUCCCUCGUGUCUUUCAUAUAAGUAAAUUGUUGGUAUUUCUUUUA